GAAGAAAAAUUGAUUAUUAUCACGAGCGUGUAACUUGUUUCUAUAUUUACAUAAACGGACAUAUUACACAUUACAAUGUAACAGUAAACAUGGCGGGAACUUUCCCGAGGCGAAUUGGUCAUCCUUAUCAGAAUCGAACGCCGCCGAAAAGAAAGAAACCGAGGACAAGUUUCACGAGGUUACAGAUUGCCGAGCUGGAGAAACGUUUUCACAAGCAAAAGUAUUUAGCUUCUGCAGAACGCGCGGCCCUCGCAAAGUCACUUAAAAUGACGGACGCUCAGGUGAAGACGUGGUUUCAAAAUAGGAGGACUAAGUGGAGAAGGCAAACAGCCGAAGAACGAGAAGCCGAAAGACAAGCUGCAAACAGAUUGAUGCUUUCCUUGCAAGCCGAAGCUUUGGGGAAAGUCGGGUACCCUACGGGUAUGCCCAGCCACUCUUCAGGAGCUCAGGUGACUAACCUGGAUGGUCAAACCGGGACAUCCUCCCUCGGACACUCCGUAACUCAGUGGGUUUCGCCUUACGGACCCUCUCAGCCCCUCACUGAGCCAAUUUGU